AUGGCCGAAGAGACACAGGUCCUAGUCAAGUUCAUAACAAAGCUUCCGGCGCACCUCAAAGUCCCAGAGACGCCGGUGGCCGUCCCGGCCAGCUUGAAGCGCUAUGGUCUCUCCCAGAUUAUCAACCAUUUGCUCGCUCUGGACCCCCCGCGUCCGUUUGACUUCCUGGCUGAUGGCGAGCUAAUCCGCAAGUCCUUAGAGCAACACCUGCUCAGCCACAGCCUCUCCGCGGAAAGCACGUUGGAAGUGGAGUACGUACCCGCUGUGGUUCCCCCCCAACAGAAGAGCUCCAAACCCCUGGAUGACUGGGUGAGCUCCGUAGACGCGACCCGGGCGGCCUCCUCCCUGUCCGCCUCCCCCUCCUCCUCUUCCGGACCCAUUGCCUCGGGCAGCUAUGAUGGACUGCUCAGGUUGUGGAGCGGCGAUUUGCAGUGUACGGCAACGGUUUCGGCGCAUGAGGGGGGCGUCAACUGUGUGCGCUUCCUGCCGCAAUCCCAGGGUGAUUUAUUGCUGACGUCAGGCAAGGACCGUACGAUCAAGAUGUGGCGUGUGGACGGCGCCGGCGGCGCAUCCCCCCAGUGCCAGCUGCUCGCCAAGUACCGCGGCCACCAUGACGGGGUGGAGCACGUGGCGGCUAGCCCCAGUGGUCGCCGCUUUGUCAGCUGCGGGUGGGACGGAAAGCUGAUGGUAUGGGAGUCAGGGCGAUCGGUGGCAGCGGCGGCGGCGGCGGCGGCAGCGGAGGCCGGUGCCGCGGACGCGGCUGACGGGUCCAAGAAGAAGCGCCGUGUCAACGCCGCCGCCAACGGCCAUGCGGGCAACGUCUUAACUGCUGCCGCCGCUGCAGCGGGGGGCAGCGGGGGCCUUACGGUGACGGAGGCGAGUACGGAGCUGCUGGGCCACCUGCACUGCGUGUCGGCAGUUAGUUGGCCGUUGGAGGAGUCGUUGUACAGCGGCGGUUGGGACCAUUCGGUACGGCGUUGGGAUGUGGCCGCCGGCGUCGCAGUGGACACCUACAACGGCUCUAAGACGGUCCUCUGUCUGGCGACCCACGGGUCAUCCCCCCACCUCGUCGCCUUCGGCUGCUCUGACCGCGCCGUAAGGUUGUGGGAUACCCGCGGACGGCCUGGCUCCGAAACCAUGGCCGUCACGACCCAUGGGUCACAUGGCAACUGGGUUUCGGCCGUGGCCUGGUGCCCAUCUAGUCAGCACCACUUGGCUACCGCCGGCUACGAUGGGGCGGUGAAGUUGUGGGAUCUUAGGACGCAGGUGCCGUUGGGGAGUUUGAGGGGGCACACUGACUGCAGGGUUUUGUGUGUGAGCUGGAUGGGUCGUGUGUGUGGUGCAGAACACAAGGUCGUGGUGGGUAUUCUGGUGCGGAAGUGCGUCUGUGCUCUGUUGAACGGUGAGCGGUAGUAGCUCCCGUUCUCUACGCUGAUGCGUGCGUGCGCAUGUGCGUGCGUGCGUGCAUGCGUAAGGAAAGAAACCGUAUACGGUGAAUGGGCGUUAUGUUUUGUUCUUUGCGGUCGGCCAAAAGGGGAAAGUUCGUAUGUAGGGCAUCGUGCAGAGCCGCUCUCUGCUUGGUGGGUGACUACCAGAGCUUUUGUCUUUCGGUGCGCGCGCAAUUAUGGUGGUGCUGGAGUUGUCAGCGCCGCGGGAUGGCGUUCCCUUAGGUUCGGAAGCAAGGGCACGGAGUCUGAACUGUAACCACUUUGAUG